ACUAGUACUUUUUCCCAAACUAGGCCCAUGGGUCAUCCACUGCUCGCUGCUCCCCACAAUUACACAGAUCGCAACCCUAGCCUUUCAGUCCAAUCCAUCUCUCAUCUCGACCUUCUUCACCGUCAUAUCCACAUGGGAGCAGAUGAUGAACCAAGCAUACGGACGGAUACGGUAACACAGAAGAAGAACGACAAAGAGCCACAUGUGAUUGACCCUUGGGUUAGUGAUAUUGAAGACCUAAUCAAGGGUGAUAAGGUGUAUUAUUUCACAUGAUGCAGUGGGAUGCGCUACCGCGUUGUUCCAAGGUAAGACUAAACUAGUAAAGGAUGCUAAUGUAGCAACCAAGAAUGGAUAUUACCCAUUGCAUUACGCAGCUCAAAGUUUAUCACCUAGAAUGAUAAAUCUCUUUAUGGAGCUUGGAGCAAAACCUGAUGUGAUAUGUAUUGAUUAUGGGGGUGAGGAUGUUGGACUCACCCCACUAGUAGUGGCUCUCAAAACGGCAAUCUGCAACAACAAAGCUGUCCUUGAUUGGUCUCCUUCCGAGUGCAUCUUUAAGUUGAUCUUUUUACUUUGUCUCCCAGAACUGGUACACGCUUUAUCUCUUCCUCUUCUGGUUUAAUUCAUCCAUAUAGCUGUGAUUUGUGCUUAGAUAUAUUACAUAUUCCAGGGUUGAAGCAAUUUUUGUUUGCACUCUCGAGAAUUUUCUGUCUUUGAUUGGAGUUGUGUUAGAGAACCAAUUCUUUGAGAUUUUUUUUUUUACUUUAUUACCAUGUCAAAUAAGGGGGGUUAAGGUAUGCAUACACACAACUUUCCUAGACACUACUUUCAUGGGAUUUCACUAGGCUGUUGUAACGUACUCCACAACAUACUCCAUAUCAAAUUAGGAAUCAUAUGCACAUUUUACUUGGAUGAGACAUGAGCCAAGAUUGCAACUUUUGGAUACAAUAGACACUAUAGUGACACUCAUUCAAUAACUUAGGCCAUGUUCUCCCCACCUUAUUUUUGUCACUUAUUACUUAUUCUUAUUGGAAUCAGAUCAUAUCAGAAAUAGCUUUAAAUAUAACUACAUUCAGAUCAGAUCGGAACCAAUGAGAUAAGGUGAAGAGAACAUCGCCUUAGAGGUUAGAUAUGCCAUCCUUGAAUCAAUAGGUGCCAAGGUGACAUGAACUCGGUCUUAAGAGUUAUAGAUCUAUUUUGUUUUUCGUAACUAUCACAGGAUACAAGUAUAUAUUCAAUUCUUUAGCCAUGUCCCACAAACAUAAAAAUAUGGGUCUUCAAAUGAAUUCUUAUUCCACAAAAUUGUUCCAAAUGGUCUGUUGAAUGACAAAUACGCACCAUACAUUUAUUUGGUGUCCUUUUUUAUGUUUUGAACUUGAGAUGAAAAUUGUGGAAAUAGUUUUCUAAUUUUUUUUACUGUCAUUGCAGCGAGAGCCGCUAGAGGCAAUAAAAUUGCUUGCUUUUAAAACGGAAGAGCUUCAGAUGACGAGUAUGUCCAUGGCACGCUGUGGAAAACUUCUCGAACUAGCUGUUCUGCUUAUGGUUGCUUGGGAAAAGCUGUUAAAUAAAUCUGAAGUUGAUGACAUCCCCCCCUUAGAACAAUGCAUCAGGACAGAGUUACAAUGGACAAUUGUUGAGAAGACUAAAUUGUAUUGUCGCAUGGGUUGUAAUGAGGUGCUCAAUGCACAUAAGUGUAGAGAGAAGUUGUUGCUUGGUGCAGGUUCGAUGCUCCACAUUUUUAAUCAAGUUGGCGGUAUUCUUGACAAGUUUCGUCUUUCAGAAAGAACAAAGCCGAUUGACCAACACGAUCUCGCUAUAGAAUUUGCUGAGUGUAUGAGAGCAGCCAGAUUCAAGUUGGAGAUUAGCGGCACACGGGAAGAUAUAAGGUUUUUGAUCGAACAAGCGAAGAAGCCAGGUAAUUUAUUGGCAUCCGCACCCCACUCUUUUUAAGCUUUCUUCCUAUUAUCUCCAUUAACCAGUGAGAUACAUAUUUGGAGUAUGAAAGAUCGAAUAAUUCAUAAUCUUAUUGAUUUAUACUUGAGAAAAUGAUGAUUCCAGCCAGUCUCACAAGGGAAGAAAAGAUUAAGAGGCUAACGUGGGUGACGUCACUUGAUGAUUAUCCGGUUUUUCCACGCGAACCUCCUCCGCUUCCCUUUUCUGGCUCUUUGUUGAAGUCUUUCCACACUUGUUCAUUGCCUGGUGCCACUCUAUUUGCACCACUGGCAUAUCAUGCACCAAGAUCCCUGUGCCAUGGGCCAGUAGGUUUGAAGUUCAUAAACACUAAGGGAUGGAAUUUGUUUGCCUCGUCCCUUAAAAGAGGGUUCCGCUUUGUCUAAUCGAGCAUACACCUGUUUGGCAGAUUGUGGGAUUACUAGUUAGUUAUUUGAGGGCAUUAGUUUGUUACUUUGGUUUUUAUUCUUUGCUACUACUUUGUUCUUACCUUGGUCCCACUUUUGUGUCCUUUUGGUUGCUUAACCUCUCACUGAGAUCUCUUGAAAACCUCCCCAGUUUUGUAAGAUUUCACUGGGUUUGGGUCUGUUGUAAAAGUUGUUGUAAUAGUAGUUGAAUGUUUGAAGAAUGUUAUUUUAAAUUAUUUCUUUGGUUAUUGGUGUGCCCUCGACCGCUUGUUUUUGUGUCUGACAUUAAAUUAUCAUUAUUAUU